AUGGCAGCCGCGAUCGAGGAAAAGCGCCGAGCAACAUCCGCCGCAGUUGCAGCGGUCCAGGCGGGCGGUGGGAAGCAGCGCAUAACCAACUACUUGGAGGGAGAUGCUGCUGCGGCUAAGCGGGAUGCUCACGAGGGCCUUGCGCUGAGGUUUGCGGCCUGCAGAAUCCCGGAGAACACCAUAAACCACCCGCUGUUCAUCAACGCCAUGCUGCUCGUCAACCGCGCCGGCCACGGCUACAUCCCCCCCAAGAGGAGUUUCAUUGGCAGGGCUGAACUGGUCGCUGUCCGCAAAGGAAUUGAGCAGGGGUUGAUGGGGAUUAAAACGAGCUGGAAGAAGACGGUGGAAACAAUUGCGUCCGAUAUGAUGACGGACAAAUGUGGGAGGGCGCAAGCGAACGUGCUUCUGAUUAACGACUCUGGCGCCGUCUUCAAGGAGGCGAUCGACUGCAUUAUGGAGCGUAAGACGGGGGGAUACAUAGCGGGGAUUCUGCAGGUGGUGGUGGAGGAGGUAGGACCAGAAAAUGUCGUCGCGUUUGUAUGGAUUGGGGGGACGAACUAUGCCGUGGCUGUCCAGGAGCUGAUUGCCAAGUGGCCCCACAUUCAACAGGUCCAUUGUGCCACGCAUGUGAUGGAUCUCCUCCUGGAGGACGUGGGAAAGAUGGGGUGGAAGGAGUGGGCCUCGGGGUCGCGGAAGGAAACUGCCGAUGCCUUUGCUGCACGGGUCAUCGAUGACGCAUGGUGGCGGACGGCUGAAUUCUUCUGCAAGCUGAUGAAACUGCCCUACAAGGCGAUGCGUCAAACUGACGCAGAUGCCAAUGGGAUGAUGGGCCGGCUCUACGAUGUAAUGCUGCAGCUUACGGAGGAUGUCAACAACAUCUUGGACGAGGAUGAGCAGCAGCUGAGUGGCACGGACAAGGAAAAGAUCCGCAGCAUCAUCAAGAACCGCUGGGGCAACAACCUCACCUGCGCCAUGCACGUUGCUGGCCGAAUCCUCAACCCCGCCAACCAGGAGGAGGACAUCUUCGGCAGCGACGCCGAAUGCACCCAGGUUUUCAAGGCAUUAAUCAACCAGCACGUGGAGUUCCUCAUCGGUCACGACGGGAAGGGGACGGAUGAGGGUCGAAAUUACUUGCUUGCCUUGGGUGACGGGCUGAGAGCUUUCUUGGACCUGAAAGGUAGUUUUGGGAUGCCGGAGGCGCUUGCACAGAGGGAGAAGGUGAAGGCGGGUAAGUACAGCAUGGUGAAGUGGUGGCAGUGGAACGGCACAGAUGCACCUCACCAGAUGCACUUCGCCGUGAGGGUGCUAUCUCAGCCUGUAUCGGCAUCCCCUU